GAAUAAAAGAUCCCGGGGUUACUCCUAGUCGCCCGGUUGGAAAGGCAACAUCACAGGCCGUGGGCUCUGGACACCUAUGACCCCUGUCCUGCUGCGGCCUGGUCUCUUGGCCCAGGCGAAGAAGGAAGCUGAAAGGGGCGGGUUUUUUUUAAUCUGAGGGGGGAGCAAUGACUGCAACGCACCGGAAGCGGCCCGUGGGCGGCCGCAGGGAGCUGCGGAGACGUGUCGGUCCGGGAGGCGCUGGGAGCGCUUCCCCCGGGGUCUGGGUUAGGAAGGCUGCCGCGAGGUCCUCGCGGGACCAGCAGGCCUAGCAGCGUGGGUCGGCGGCGGCGGCGAAGGCCGGGGCUGGGAGCGCUGGCAGCCGGGGUCCCAGCCAUGGCCGAGUCUGUGGAGCGGCUGCAGCAGCGGGUCGAGGAGCUGGAGCGGGAGCUGGCCCAGGAGAGAAGUCGCCGGGCCCUGGGGGGCGGCGACGGUGGAGGCGGUCGGGCCCGCAUCGAGAAGAUGAGCCCGGAGGUGGUGGACUCCAACCCCUACAGCCGCCUGAUGGCAUUGAAACGAAUGGGAAUUGUAAGCGACUAUGAGAAAAUCCGUACCUUUGCUGUAGCGAUAGUAGGUGUUGGUGGAGUUGGCAGCGUGACUGCUGAAAUGUUGACAAGAUGUGGCAUUGGAAAGUUGCUACUCUUUGACUAUGACAAGGUGGAACUGGCCAAUAUGAACAGACUUUUCUUCCAGCCUCAUCAAGCAGGAUUAAGUAAAGUUCAAGCAGCAGAACAUACUUUGAGGAACAUUAAUCCUGAUGUCCUUUUUGAGGUACACAACUACAAUAUAACCACUGUAGAAAACUUUCAACAUUUCAUGGAUAGAAUAAGUAAUGGUGGAUUAGAAGAAGGAAAACCUGUUGACCUAGUUCUUAGCUGUGUGGACAAUUUUGAAGCUCGAAUGACAAUAAAUACAGCUUGUAAUGAACUUGGACAGACAUGGAUGGAGUCUGGGGUCAGUGAAAAUGCAGUUUCAGGGCACAUACAGCUCAUAAUUCCUGGAGAAUCUGCUUGUUUUGCGUGCGCUCCACCACUUGUAGUUGCUGCAAAUAUUGAUGAGAAGACUCUGAAACGAGAAGGUGUUUGUGCAGCCAGUCUUCCUACCACCAUGGGAGUGGUUGCUGGGAUCUUGGUACAGAAUGUGUUAAAGUUUUUGUUAAAUUUUGGUACUGUUAGUUUUUACCUUGGAUACAAUGCAAUGCAGGAUUUUUUUCCUACUAUGUCCAUGAAGCCAAAUCCUCAGUGUGAUGACAGAAAUUGCAGGAAGCAGCAGGAAGAAUAUAAGAAAAAGGUAGCAGCGCUGCCCAAACAGGAGGUUGUUCAAGAAGAGGAAGAGAUAAUACAUGAGGACAAUGAGUGGGGCAUUGAGUUGGUAUCUGAAGUUUCAGAAGAGGAACUGAAAAAUUCUUCAGGUCCAGUUCCUGACUUACCUGAAGGAAUUACGGUGGCAUAUACAAUUCCCAAAAAGGAAGAUUCUGUACCUGAGGUAACAGUGGAAGAUUCUGAAGAAAGCUUGGAAGACCUCAUGGCCAAGAUGAAGAACAUGUAAAUAACGGACUGGCCUGUGUUUUAUUUCCUGUGUUUAAGCCUAUUCCCUUGCAAUUAAAAAAAAUCAUUUUAAAACAGAAAACUUGGGGCAACAUCAAUUGAUGUAUCUUCACUAAAUUGUUAUACUUUUUGAAAAUACUGUUGAGUAUUGCUUGUUGCUCCCCUCCCCUUCAACUAAAUCAGAUACUCUCCUAAAAUUCAUGUCUUGUUCUAGGAAGAAAACUUCAAAGGAUUAAUGUAGGCAGUUACAAGUCUUAUCCAAACUUAGCCAUUGAACUGUUUUGGCUUUUUGGGAAAGGUAGGAAGAAAGGACCAUUCUGAUGCCACAUUCCUUUUCUUUCCAGUAAUCCUUUGUAGUCCGUUGCCUGAGGCCAGUGGACAAUACAGUAGUGUGUGGUCAAAUAUAGGGAAAGGACAAGAGAUAGAACAUACCGAUUGGAGCCAGCACGCAUCUACUCAUUGUGUUUGGAAUUGCUCCCUACAAGAAAACUGGCCACUACUGCUAACCUGGCCAACGAUGAAUUUCAAAUAGUUAACCCUUAAAAUAAAAACAUCCUCUCAAAUGUUUCCUGAUGAAAUACAAGUUGAAAUGUAGUCAGUAGAAAAGUUUGCAAACCUGUGAAUUUUAUAUUCAAAACGAGACAAAGGCAAAUAAAAGGAAGCUCUCUUCACGGAUAGUCAGAUAAAGGUAUUUUCAGGAUGUACAAAUUAUAUUUCUGCACCGAAUAAGGAAAAGCAUUUCAUCGGUGGGACACAUAUCUGAGUCAGUGUGCUUUACUGAGGAGCAAAGGAUAAAUUUAGGCUAAGAUCAUCUGAAUUAUACCCAUCAUAUGGGCUACCUCCUGAAUACUUUAUUUCAUUUAAAUUUGAUAUUUUAACAUUGGCAAGGAUUUGUCCUGGAUAGUGGGCAAUGAAAGAGGCCUAAAUUGUCUCUGCAAUGACUGACAUGUAUUUCUUCUUGGGGAAGAGUAUCAUUUUCCCUGAUCAUGACCACUCAAUCAUAAACUGAUAAACUGGUUUUGUCUGGAGUUCGCAUACAAAUAAUGAAGGCUUAGAGAGCCUUGGUUGAAAUAAAUUCCUAAUGAUUUAAUGACCAAUAAAGAAACGUGCAUGUGUAACCAUUA